CCCAUAAUUAGAAUUAACAGUACAAGUACAGGAGAGGGGGAAAAGGAUAGGUUUAGGUAAAGAAAUGUGGAUUGCGAAGAACAAAUACUGGGUUCUGAGGCAUGGCAAGAGCAUUCCCAACGAGCGAGGCCUCAUCGUUUCUUCCAUGGAAAAUGGGACGCGCCCUGAAUACCAACUGGCGUCCGACGGUGUGGAUCAGGCGCAACUCGCUGCUAAAUUAUUCCAAAAGGAGCUAGAGGCUAAUAAUAUACCGCUUGCUAAUGUACGCAUUUGCUAUUCCCCAUUCUCAAGAACUAGCCACACCGCCAAAGUUGUUGCAGCUGUCUUGGAUCUUCCUUUUGACAGUCCCCAGUGUAAGGUGAUCGAAAAUCUUCGAGAACGCUACUUUGGUCCUUCAUUUGAACUUUUGUCGCAUGAUAAAUAUGCAGAGAUUUGGGAUAUAGAUGAAAAAGAUCCACUUGUUGGGCCAGAAGGAGGGGAAAGUGUCAAGGAUGUUGCUUGUAGACUUACAAGCGCAAUGGCCGUUAUGGAAUCAGAAUUUGAAGGAUGUGCAAUUUUGGUUGUCAGCCAUGGGGAUCCCCUGCAAAUCUUGCAAACAAUUCUUCAUGCAGCUAAUCAACUCAAGGAACCCACAGAUAAUGACCUAGCAUCAACACUAAAGGCAGUUCAGGUGGCACCCAUCUUGUCUCAGCACCGCAAAUAUGCAUUGCUUACCGCAGAGCUCAGGGCAGUUAUUUGAGAUUUUAGGUUUAGGAGAAAGGCAACAGGUCUCCUAGAAAGAAUCAUGCGAGAUCCCUGUAUGAUCUCAUUUCAGAAUUCAAAACAGCUCCCUUGUAAUUUUUUAGGAACCGGGAUCUAAUCUCGUUUUGGUCCCUAUUCCAUUUAUUAGGUUAUUGAAUAUUUGGCGAAUAAUUUCAAUCGGGAAUAGCAUGACAUCUGAUGUUAAUUUCAACCAGAACCUCAGUCACGGCCGAACAUUUUGCACAUAAUUCCUCCCAGUGUGAGUGAUUACGCCUCGUCAGCACCUGGUACUGGGAUCACAAAAUCCAGCAAUUUUCACCUAGGACCAAAAGCUAUCCUGUGAAGUAUUCAUUUUGGUUUUUCUUUAGCAACCAGCAAAGGCCUCCAAUCUGGUAGGCCACGUACAUUUGAUCACCACCACUAUUAAUAUCAUGGUUGAAUAAUGUUUGUACGUGGGUUGAGCUCAACUAAUCAGUUAUUGGGCUUGGCCAUUUGCCAGGAGAGUCUACAACCUUCCUGUUGUGGUAGAGAAUUAUGAUGAGAUCAAGUGUUGGGCUUGGCCAUUCCACGAGAGUUUAAAUGCAAAAGUGAGAUUUAGUAGAA